AUGACAGCCUCGCAGGCGCCCUACGCCCUGGGGGGCUCGGAGCCGGAGGAGCGCGGCCUCAGCAGGAAGGACUACGGCAGGACGUGGAUCUACAUGCCCGACGGAGACGGCGUCCCCCGAGUGGCCAUCCUGGAGGUGGAAGGCAAGUCCUGGCAGCACCGUCGCAAGGACGCUAGGCUCGACCUGGAUGAGGACAUCGUGUUCCAGCUGUACACCAGGGAGUCCAACUCAACCGGCCACCCCGUGCGGGUGAACGACACGCAGACGCUGAAGAGCGCCGGGUUCGACCCCAGGAAGGACCUGAAGGUGGUCGUGCACGGCUGGAAGUCCAGCGGCGACAGCCGGACCGUCGGCGGCAUCAAGGACGCGUACCUGGAGGCGGACGACGUGAACGUGGUGGUGGUGGACUGGUCGCGGCUCGCCUCCAACAUCGUCUACUACUACCCGGCCUCCAACACGAAGCCCGUGGGGCGGCGCAUCGCGGACCUGGUGCGCACGCUGGAGGCGGCGGGGGCGGAGCGCCGCCGCACGCACCUGGUGGGGCACAGCCUGGGGGCGCACGUCGUGGGCUACGCCGGCCAGGCGCUGCGGCCCGACAAGGUCGCCAGGGUCACCGGUCUGGACCCGGCGCUGCCGCUCUUCCAGUACUGGGCGGGGCCCGAGGACCGCCUGGACCAGGGGGACGCCGAGUUCGUCGACGUGAUCCACACGUGCUCCAACGUGCUGGGCUACGGCUCGCCCGUCGGCCACGCAGACUUCUACCCCAACGGCGGCUCCACCUUCCAGCCGGGCUGCUGCUGCCUGCCCGAGUUCGUAGACGCGUGCAGCCACAGCAGGUCGCACCAGUACUUCGCCGAGUCCAUCACCUCGACGGUGGGCUUCCGGUCGCUGCGCUGCGACACCUGGAGCGACUUCGAGGCGGGUCGCUGCGACAACGCGACGGCCGUCGACAUGGGCGAGAAGACGCCGCCCGAGUGA